UUGGUUUCCAAUCAAAAAUUUCGCAAAGUAAAAUUAUUAAUUUUAACAUUCUACGUUUAGGUCCACUUGUUUAUCUAUAAUAAACAGAAUAUAAUAACGAACGAGCAGGAUGUCGAUACUGGCUAAAACCUUGGGACGCACUUUCUUUCAGGCAGCCGCAGUUCGCGCACUACAUGUGUCAGCGGCGGUUAGUGGUGCGGAGACCUAUAGUGCAAAUAGAACCACUUGCACUCUAGUGCCCGGCGAUGGUGUCGGACCCGAAUUGGUCUACUCACUGCAAGAGGUUUUCAAGGCUGCAAAUGUGCCAGUUGACUUUGAGGCGUUCUUUUUAUCGGAAAUCAAUCCUGUGCUAAGCGCCAAACUUGAGGAUGUUGUCGCCUCCAUUCGCAAAAACAAAGUUUGCAUUAAGGGUAUUUUGGCUACACCUGAUUACAGCAAUGAAGGUGAACUGCAGACGCUUAACAUGAAACUGCGCACAGAGCUUGAUUUAUAUGCAAAUGUGGUGCACGUUCGCAGCUUGCCUGGUGUUAAGACACGCCAUGACAACAUCGAUACGGUCAUCAUCCGUGAACAGACGGAAGGUGAAUACUCAGCCCUGGAGCACGAGUCGGUGCCCGGCAUCGUGGAGUGCCUGAAAAUUGUGACUGCCAAGAAGUCGAUGCGUAUUGCCAAGUUUGCCUUCGAUUAUGCCACCAAGAACAACCGCAAGAAGGUAACUGCCGUGCACAAGGCCAACAUCAUGAAACUGGGCGAUGGCCUCUUCUUGAAGUCAUGCGAGAAAGUCUCGAAGCUGUAUCCACGUAUCGAGCUCGAUAAAAUGAUUGUGGACAAUACGACCAUGCAAAUGGUGUCCAAUCCCAAUCAGUUUGAUGUGAUGGUCACCCCGAAUCUGUAUGGUGCCAUUGUCGACAACUUGGCCUCUGGCUUGGUCGGCGGCGCUGGUGUCGUUGCUGGUGCUUCAUACUCGGCUGAUGCAGUGGUCUUUGAGCCGGGUGCACGCCAUAUCUUCGCACAGGCUGUGGGCAAGAAUGUUGCGAAUCCAACGGCAAUGCUAAUGUGCGGCACAAAAAUGUUGCGUCACAUCAAUUUGCCAACCUAUAGCGAAGUCAUACAGAAUGCCAUCAACCAGGUGCUCAAGGACGGCAAGAUACGCACCAAGGAUUUGGGUGGACAAUCUACCACUCAGGACUUUACGCGCGCCAUUAUUGCCAAUCUGCACUAGAUCGUUCUCGAGCCGAAUUCAGCUGGUCAAUUGGCCACAACAGUUGGCUGUGGCUGCCCCAACCAAGGAUUGUACGCAUGCAUAGACACCAAACUCUUCAGUUAUUGCCUAAAUUAUUAGAAUGUUAAACAUGAUUUCUGAUAUUUAGUUGAUUUUUCAGUAUGAUUUUCUCCUCUGCCUCCCUCCAUAAUUCAAUUGAUGCUUUGAGUAUUAUUUCUGGCGAAUAUUUAUGUUUAGAACAAUUACCUCGCCCAACCGCCCAACCGCCCAGCCCCUUCUCCCGUAUUCAUUUACCCCAAAACUUUUUAGUUUUACAAAUUGGCCGUAUUGUUUAUUAUUUUGUGAUUACGUAUUAUACAA